AUGCAGAAGUUCCCUCUCAAACCCACUCUUACACCUUCGUCCUCCCCCCCAUUCGCCUUCUCCUCCAGAUUGAAAUCCGCCAACAGCACUCCCUCUCUCUCCCUCUGGGGCGGAAUAGCCGGCGAUGAUCCAUUCUCCUACGCCUCCCCCAUCGAUCCCGCCCUCUCUUCCCUCGACCCCGCCUCCGCCUCCCCUCUCCUCGCCGUUCACAUCGGCUCCCAAGGCCGCACGUGGGAUAACAUACACGUUCUCUACCUAGUCACUACCACCCCCGCGGGGGUCUUACAGAAAAUCUUAGCUCAGCUGCAGCUGCCCAGGCGACUUACCCUUGGCGGGGCAGCAGGUGCCAGCGGCAAGGGUGCUGGGGGAGCAGAUUUGCUGCCAGGAAGCGCAACGGAAGCUUCCGAGGGUCUGCGGAAGCAGGUGCUGAAGUAUGCCAAGGACAACCGGUUGCUGGCGCCGCCGCCGCCGGUUAUGCCGCCGCCGCCUCCGCCCGUUCCGCCACCCCCGCCACCCGUGGCAUCCCCCGCGUUGGGGUUCGUGAAUUGCGUCACGGCGAAGAAGGGCCGGCUGAACAUCUACUGGCGCAUGGUGGGCGACCCCAUAAAUGGCAUGGCGGUGGAGUUUGGGCUGGAGGGCAAGGUGCCUGACAACAGUUGGAUGGCCCUGGGCCUCUCGGGUAACCAGUCGCAAGCGGACAUGCACAGCAGCGACAUCGCUGCUGCAGGAAUCUUCUCCUCCAGCAGCAGCAGCAGCAGCAGCAGCGGUAGCACCAGUAGUAGCAGCAGUGUUGCCGGUAGCGGCAGCGUUGGUAGUAGCAGCAGUUUUGGUAGUGGUUUCAGUGGCAGUAGUGGUGGGAGUGGGGCGCCCGAUGCCUUUGCAACGGAUUUCUACGUCACGGCGCUGGAGGCGUGUGAGCAGAUCGCAGGAGGAUACGUGGGCGUGUGCCCGGACGCGCUGCUGAGCUCCUCUCCCUCCCUGGACAACGACGCGCUGCUGGGCUCCUCUCCCUCGCUCGACAACGUCAACCUCACCCUCGCUGCGCGCCAAGCAGACGUCUCCUUUGUCCGCUUCCGCCGCUCCCUCGCCCUCUCCACCGACCCCCUCUUUGACCGCCGAUUCGAUAUAAGCUUCCCCUCUGCAGUCCCAAACAACACCGACCUCUCCCGCCCGCUGCUCUUCAUUUUCGCCACGGGACCCCUUCUCCCGUCCUCCACCCUCUCGCUGCCGCAACUCCUCCCACACGCCGCCUCUGCUGCGUUCUUUUCCGGUUCCAUUAACAUCACUUUGAAUGCUGCCAAAGCGACAAACUCCUGUGAGCCGCUCUGGAACACGCCGGAGCUCAGCUACCCGCCUCUGCCGCCCGGCUUUCUGCCCUCGCCGCCCGGCGAGCCGUCCAUGUGGGACGACGGGGCGGUGAUUUCUGGCUUAUCUCAGUGCAGCACGACGUUUGAAGGGGAGAACAGGAAAUUCGCCUCGUGUGAGGCGCUACCAGGCGGGUUCUUUUUCAUGUGGACGCUGGGGAAAGAGGAGCUGUCUGGUGCGUUCAUUUCUCAAUCUGUCUCCCCCCAAGGGUAUGCUGCUGUAGGGCUGCUGCUACCACCGCCGACUCCACUUCUAGAGGCGCUGUUUACCCCUCCCCCCGCGCCGGCGGGGGGGAAUGAGAGCGCGGAGGGUGGGUAUGUGAAGCCGGACUCGUUAGUGGGCGCCUCGAUGCUGGUUGCAGUGCGGGCGGAGGACGGAAGCGGGGGAUUGAAGGUGGAGGAGUAUCAGAUUGUGAAGCAGGAGGGAGGCAGCAGCAACGCCAGUGCCACUGGGAGCACCACCACAGGCACGCUCACCACCACCAGCAGCAGCGGCACCAGCGGCGGCAGCAGCGGUGACGGUAGCAGUGCUGCCACGAUCGCACCACAGGAGCAAACCGCCAUGGUCCGGGGUGGCAAUCUCUCACUCAUCUCCGCGAAAGCGGAGCUCCAAGCAGGGUCCCUCACGCUGCUCUUUACCAUCAAGCUCCCCCACCGGCAGCGGACCGGCGCAGUGCUCCUCUGGACCAAAGGCACCCAGUUCUUCCCUUCCAACGACUCCCUCUCCCCAGACGGAAUAGCCGCCAUGGCAAGUGCCCCGAUAGAUUUCGGCAAGGAAACUGACGUGGAUCCGAACGCGGCUUCGGUGACGACGGCAGGGGUGGUGUAUUCGGCGCUGAGUGUGGCGGCGUGGGCGUUUAUGCUGCCGAUGGGGGCGGUUUCGGGGCGGUAUGUGAGGAAGCAUAGUCGGUACUGGUUCCCGCUGCACCAGGGGUUUCAGCUGGGGGGGUACUUUCUGACGGUCGCGGCAUUCACGAUUGCCAUGUCGCUGGAGGCGCUGCACGAGUCGGUGGGGUACUGCGUGCUGCUGGCGCUGCUGUCCACGCUCAUGGUGCUGCAGGGCUUCUUCAACCAAGUUGGUGGGGUACCGCGUGCUGCUGGCGCUGCUGUCAACACUCAUGGUGCUACAGGUGAGGGGCCUGGUUCAGGCCUACAGAUCUCAGCAGUGAUUGUCCGUCCGCCCGAGUCCCACCUGCGUGACCACUGGUGGCGGUUCCACAAGGAGGAGGAGCAGGACCAGGAACAGCGGGGGGUGGAGGAAGAGGAGAAGGAGGAGGAGGAGGAGGAGGAGGAGGAGGAGGAGGAGGAGGAGGAGGAGGAGGAGGAGGAGGAGGAGGAGGAGGAGGAGGAGGAGGAGGAGGAGGAGGAGGAGGAGGAGAAGGAAAGCGAGGGUCGCACUCGCACCACCACUCACACAUGCUACCUGUACAGCGCACAGAGAGCACUACAAGCAGCAGCAGCGGGAUGGACGGCUGCUGCUGCUGCUGCUGCUGCGGCGGCGGCGGCUGGUGGUGCUGCUGCGGCGGCGGCUGGUGGUGCUGCUGCGGUUGAAGGGAGCCUGAACGGAGAGGCGGGCAUUGGCAGCAGCAGCCCUACCAGCAAUGCUUAUAACUCGACUCAAAAUCCUGCUUUAGAAUCGACUCAAAAGCCCGCUUUCAUGAACCCUCUGUACUCGUCAAUGGAAGGGAGCCUGAACGCGGAGGCUGGCAGCGGCAGCCCUGCCAGCAGCGCUUAUAUCAGUGGCAAGAGCAGUCCCAGAAGCAGCAGUGGCCGGGCAACUGCUGCUGCAGGUGUUUCUGUGAAGGGUGAAGGUCUCGGGAGUGUUGAGAUGGCCGGUGUAGGGAAGCAGGCACAGCAGCAGAAGGAGCAAGAGCAGCAGCAGGAGAAUGAGAAGGAGCAGCAACGGCAGCUGUGGCAGCAGCUGUGGCAGCUGCAGCAGACGGGGCAAAGGGAGUCUGGGGAGCAGCAGAGGGAAGGUGAGAGGAAGCAGCAGGAGGAGCAGAUUAUGGAGCAAUGGCAGAGGCGAACGCAGCAACAGCAGCAGCAGCAGCAGCAGCAGCAGCAGCAGCAGCAGCAGCAGCAGCAGCAGUCAAGGAGAGUCUUGGACAGCUGUGGUGCUUCAGGCUCAAACCAAGCCCCAUCUGGUACCAAGAUUGAGGUUAAGGUUACAGGAGAGAGUGAGGAGGAAAGGAGCAGCAGAGAGGCAGCAGCACAGGAAAGCGAGGUAGCGAGGGCGCGUGGGGCUGAAAGGGCGAGCGCGGCAGAAAUGGAGAGGGCGGCAGAAAGGCGGCGAUUCGACAUGCUGGCAGCAGGCUUGGGCGGUGGUGAUGGGGGUAUGGGAGGAGGAGCAGCAGGGGGCGGGAGGGGAAGAGGGGCCCAGCCGAUGAUUAAAAUGGACAAGUACAACGUGAAGGCCACGGUGGUUCAUGCACCCGACUUUGCAUCGCUGAAACGGUCACUGCAGCUGCACAAGGCUCUGGCUUCCACUGAAAGUAGGGCUUCUGCCGGUGGUGGUGGGGGGAGCAGUGGUGCAGGUGGUGGUGGUGCUUCAUCCUCUGUUGCAGCAGCAGCAUCAGAUCUUCCUUCUAUUCUUCUCCCUCCUACUGAAAUCCCAGAUCUCAACGUUCCUCCUCGUGGUAACACUCCCCCUCGCUACAACACCCCUCCCCGCUACAACACGCCCCCACGUGCCAACUCUCCCUCGUCCCAAUCCGGCUCACCUAGGUCUGCAGGUCUACCCCCUCUCCCCCCCUCCCCUUCGUCCUCUGGGGUAGGAGGACCCUUCCUCCAUUACCGUACUCCUUCCCCCGGUAACCGCACACGUGCUCUUGAAGCAGAAGCAGCAGCUGCAGCGGCAGGUGCAGGAGAAAUCAGAUCUGGCAGCUCCCAGAGUUAUCCAGCCAAUGGAGGAGGGGUUGAUUCUGCUGCUCAGGCUGAGUUGGUUCACACUGGUGCUGGUGGAAGUGGGUCGGCAGUGAGGAGAGCACUCAGCCUGCUGCCUGUGACUGCCGAUGCCCCUCGCUCACUCUCCCCCACGCCCUCAGGGGCCGGGGCUAAGCACAUGCUUUCCCACCCUCAGCAGCAGCAGCAACAGCCACUCUUCUACCAUCAACAGCAGCAGCCGCAGCAGCAACAGCCACUGUUCUACCAUCAACAGCAGCAGCCGCAGCAGCUGCAGCAGCAGCAGCCUCUCUACCAUCAGCAGCAGCAACAGGCUUAUAUGGUUACGCCAUCCUCCCCUACCUCCUCUUCCUCCUCUUUCCUCCCGCCUAUAGCAGAACUCCCCUCUGCAUCACCAGAACUACACAGCCUGGGGGGUGCACCAGCAGGUGUAUCCUCAGGUGCAUAUUUGGAGUUUCCCUCAGGUGGUCCUUCAGGUGUGCCUUCAGGUGCUUUUGGGGGAGGUGUAUCUUCAGGGGGUUCUGCUGCUGCCGCUGCAGCAGCGGCUGCCCUUGCCUCUCAGCACAUGCCCUCGUCACCCUCCCUCUGUCCCUCCCCCGGCUCUGCUGCUCUCCCGACACUCCCCCGACGGCCGUUGGAUCUCUCCGUCAAGGCAUCACAGCCGUUGAUCUCAACUGCCCCAAGGAGAAUCCUCUCAUCAAGCUCAUUUGCUCCUGAGGGAGCAGCGAGCGGGAAUCCUGGGAGCGGUUACCAUGGUGCUGGGAGUUAUGGAACUCCCAUGGGAGUCCCGGGGGGCAUGACAAUCCCGGGAACUAUGGGGGUUGGGGUGGUGGUAGAAGGCUAG